AUGAAGGACCUGGUGUCGUGCUUCAGCGAGCACGCCGUGCGGAUCUCCGACGUCGCCGCCUGCUCCGGCUCCGGCGCCGCCAAUGCGGCGGCGGGCGCCUCCGCGGAGGCCGGCACCGGCGGGGGAGGAGGAGGAGGGCGGGGGGCGCCGGCGGUGAGCGCGGUGACCACCGCGUACCGGUCGCGGCUCUCGGCGUCCGGGAAGGAGCUGCUCAUCGACGUCACGUGGUCUCGGGCGCCCGACGGGCCCGCGCUCUCCGUCGCCGUCCACGAGGCGACCGCCGCCGCCUCACGCCAUCUUCGCGCCAGCGGCAACGGCGACGCGGCGCCGCGGCACCUGCACAAGAACAAGGGGAGCAGGACGUUCACGGCGGGCAGCUGCGUGGUGGGCGUGUUCUGGGACUACGCCGCGGCGCGGUACGCCGCCCCCGGCGCUGGCGCGGGGCCCGAGCCGACCUCCGGGUUCUACGUCGCCGUGGUCGCCGACGCCGAGUUCGUGCUCCUGCUGGGCGACCUCAGCCGCGGGUACGUCGACCGCCUGCACGGCGGGAUACCGAUCGCGGCGUCGCGUAUGGCGCGGCGCCGGGAGCGGUUCGUCGGGUGCGGCUGCUGGUCCACGAAAGCCCGGUUCUUGGAGUCCGGCGACGAGCACGACAUCGGCGUCGUUUUGCGCGACGGCGACGCCGAGGCGUGGGUCACCGUGGACGGCCGCAAGGUGGUGCAGCUCCGCCGGCUGCGGUGGAACUUCCGCGGCAGCCACACCAUCUUCCUCGAUGGCGGCGCGCCGGUCGACAUGACGUGGGACCUGCACGGCUGGCUCUUCCACGCGGCGGGCGCCGAGUUGCCCCACCCGUCGUCCUCCUCCUCCUCCUCUUCCUCUUCCUCUUCCUCCUCCUCCUGCGCCGUGUUCACGUUCCAGGCGCGCGGCGCGUCGGAGACAAAGCUGUGGACGGACGACGAUUGCUUCGCCGCCGACGGCGAGGAGGCGGCGGACAAGCUGCCGGUGACGCCGAGCGGUCGGCGACAUAAGGCGGCGGGAGGAGGUGGGGCGGCGUCGGGGCAGGGGUUCUGCCUGCUGAUCCAAGGAUUCAGGGGCUUUUCCAAGAGCACUUAA